GUCGCGAAGUCAUCAAGCAUUCACUUGCGUUGAUACAUCAAUCGAGCUGUACGCCUUUGCGCUCGUACUUAAAACGCCACCCGUUGGGCCGAUUCCACCUUCAGCCUGAUAUUUCGACGCGCCCGUUCAGCGUGUAUUCUUCAUACCAUACAACCCAUCCCGAUAAUAAUCAGUCAUAAUACAAAUCAACAUGUCUGGAAAACUUGACCAGUCCCUUGACGAGAUCGUCUCGACUCAGCGUCGCGCUGCUGGCGGCCGUCGCCGCGUUCCCCGCCGUUCGGCAGGACGAGCUACCACUGCAGCACCCGUCGGCGGCGUUCAAAAGACGUCCAAGCCGCCUCGUGCCGCCGCGACGAAGCAAGUUCCCGCUAAGGCAGGCGGUGGCAACGGAGAGAGCAAGGUUGUUGUUAGCAACUUGCCGAAAGAUGUGAACGAGGGCCAGAUAAAGGUGUAUUUUUCGACAUCAGUUGGACCCAUCAAGCGUGUGGAGCUCUCAUACGGACCGAAUAGUGUCAGCCGUGGGAUCGCUACAGUUACCUUCGCCAAGCCCGAUGGUGCUAGCAGAGCGUUCAACGCCUUGAACGGCCUUCUUGUUGACAACAGACCCAUCAAGAUCGAAAUUGUCGUUAGCGCUGCCAAGGCCGCCGAAAUUGCGCCUCCCGCAAAGACUCUCACUGAGCGUAUUACCCAACCCAAGGCUCAGCCGAAGUCUGCCGCGAACGAUAAGAAAAAGGAAGCCGCCGGAAAGGCUGCUGGUGCUGGUGCUGGUACUCGCGGCCGCAAGCGACGCCCUGCUCGUAACGGCCGCCCUACCAAAAAGACGGCUGAAGAACUCGAUUCUGAGAUGGCUGACUACUUUGACGCCAACAACCAGAGUGAGAACACCAAUGGCGGUGCCCCCGCUCCCGCUGCCACAAACGGUGACGCAGCUAUGGAGGACGACAUUCUAUAAACGGAUUGCUUGGACAUAAUUGAGACUGGAUCGGGGAUGAGGGUGCCAAAUUGCAUCUGCUCUUAUUGAUUGCUUGUGCCAUAACAUGGCGCUCUCUUUCCUUUUUUCUUUGCUACUGAGAUAGGGAGUGCGACAUGAGGGGUGGACCACACGUUUCUAUUCCGGUCCGGAUGGGGGUCAGUCGGUCGGUCAUUUGGCUUCGCUUUAAGUCGCCAAUCGAGAUGAGAUGCAUGCACGAUAGGUUUCUCCAGAUAGUUGCUUAAUAAGGCAGGGUAAUACACAUGGCACUUCCCCUGGAAUUUUCCCUAUUUCUUUCCCGAAUUCGUGAAUCAGAUGGCUGUUGCUGGAUAGAGGCGCUAUGGUGUUGUCUUGGGGCUAGCACACUUCUAAGCUUAGAUAUAGAAGCGUCCUAUGCGUAAAUAUUUUGAUACACCUAAAUGAAUCAAUCAAAAUUAUUAAACGUCAUUUACAAAUUCAC